GCUUUCAAAAUGGCGAAUGAUUAUGAUGAAUCCCUCAAUAUCAAUAUCUAACGAAGAAACUGAUAUUAAAAGGAAGUUUAUUUUUGCUAAUGACGAGAUCAAAGUAUCGCAAAUUCCUUCGCCGAAAAACCCAAGUUCAAUGUAUACUAGUAGAUCAAUAAAUACCAAAGAGAUUAAACAAGCGUAUGAAUCAUUCAGAGAUUCGCAAAUGUGCGAUCUUGAUGUGAGGCAAUCAACGUUAAGGAAUGUGGUUAUAUGA